AUGGCGCCAAAGAAAGACCAAAGCGGCAAGACCAACAAGGGCAACAAAGGUGGUGGCAAGCAAGCGGCACCACCGAGCAGCUCAGUCAAGUUUGUGCCACCGCAGUCGGUCAUGAUGGCCUUGCAGGCACGUGCAGGCAGAGCUCAGCAGGCCAUUCUGUCCAACGAAGCCGCCAUGGGGAGCAACCGCACCAUCGCCCAGGAGGCCAACUUCGUUGCAUCGCAGAUUGCCAAAGCUACCAAGAGACUGGAGGCGAACCUCAAGGCCAAGAAGGAAUUGGGAGACGCGGCGUUGGAAUGGUUCAAUGCCAUAGCGGAGCACUUGCCGCAGCAUGUGGCGGAGGCCGAACGUCAAGGGCAACAGCUCGAUCAGGACACAAUGGAGGCACUUCACCUGCUUUCGGCGCAGUCCUCGGGUCCCCACUCCACUGCGACGGCGGCAUUACUACAGCGGGCCAAGGAUGGCCUCGGACAGGUACUGCCUUCUACUUGCACGGGGCUGACCAGCCGAGCGGUACAUGCACUACGCAAUGUUGCUGCUUCAAGACAGGAUUCCCCUCCCGCACCUGUGACGGGACCCUCUGCGGCCAUACCACCGACAGACAUGCCUGGGACAUCUUCUACAUGGCGGCCUCCAUUGGGUCCCCCUCCCGGCAUCACGCACAACCGCUGGUCCAAGAGAGCGCCAUUGCCCAUGCAGGAGGAGGAGGAGAGACCUGGGAAGAGCCCACGCACGGAAGUACAGCGUGCCCCAGCUCUCAACCCCCUGUCCACGCAAGGAUUGGCACAGCCUGCCCAGCUGGGGAGUUCGGAACGAUCAUCGAUGACGGCAGAGAUGGCGCCUUCCCCAUGGACUUCCCUUGCCUCUGGACUUAUGCCUACGAGGCCCCAGCGGGAGUCGGCUUUUGCGGCCAGCAUAGCCACUGCAGAAGAUGCCAGGACCAGUGGUUUCGAAGAUCGUCAGUCCGAGCCAAUGUCUUUCCAGGCAGACGAGACACUUGGGGAGGCCAUGGACCCGGCCGAAGAUUGGACGGAGUGGGCGAAUCAAUGGAGGGAAGCUUGGAACGGGGCCUUGGACGAUGCCAACCGAGUCCAGCACGAGGCGACGGCCACCAUGGACCUGUUAAUGAAGGAGCAUCCGGUCAUUUCGGGGCCGAUGCUAGCCUCCAUCGUGGAAGACGUUCUACGCACCUACCAUGCGAUACGGGACUGCCCGGCAGCCUGCUCUACAUGCCCCAUGGUACUGAUCUUCCUGGGCCAUGUUCUGACAGCUCAUGUGCCGGACAUACACUCCUUCGCCCCGCAAGCCUUGGAAGAGCUCCUCUACCCAGACCUGGUGGUCAACACGCACGCGGAUCGAGCCGACCGCUUGGGACACACCACGAUGGCGACUCCACCGCAGUCUAUCUUGCAGGCGUGUGCAUGUCCCUUUACGGCCACAUGA